AACAUGAAGAGUUGGUGUCUGUGUCAGAUCUGCACCUGCGGAUCGGAUUAUCGUCCUUAUGAGAUAGUCAAACAGCCUCGCCAUGUACCAGAAGAAUACAAACCAAAACAGGGGGAGAUUGAUCUUGACACUACCUACAAACGGGAUUUUAAUUCUUACAAAGUGCAGCCUGUGGCCAUAGUCCGGCCUUUGGAGAGACAACAAGUUAAACAAGGGAAGGUGGACGCUGUCCCAACCUAUAAAGAUGAUUAUAGAGCUUGGGACAUUCAGAAAAUUGACCUUUAUAAGCCUGAACAAACUUAUCAUCCCCCCACUGUGAAAUUUGGGAAUUCAACUACAUUUCAGGAUGACUAUGUUCCUCAGGAGAUAAAGCCUAGGCAAAGCUUUAAACCCAGCCCUGUGGUCAAACAUUCUACAGUCCCUUUUGAUGGUGAGACAAGUCAUCGCCUUGAUUAUGUACCUUAUCAGCUAGAACUCAAGUUUGCAAGGCCAAAAGAAGUGUACAAGCCAACCAACCAACCCUUUGAGGAUCUCACAACUCACCGAUACGACUUUCAGGGUCUUGUUGGCGAAACUGCAAAAAUCUGCAGGCCUCCAUACACCAGAGUGACCCAAAAUGCUCAUUUUGAAGGAAGCACGGAAUUCCGUGAAAGGUUUCAACCUUGGGAAAUCCCACCACCCGAAGUCAAGAAACCACAAGAAUAUGUCCCACCUACAGGUACCAUGCAGUUGAACAGCACAAGCCAUCUCGACUAUGUUCCCUAUCAGACCAAACGUGUCAGUCCCAUCAGGCCAGUUGCUCAAAGAAGAAAUAACAAUUUUCCUUUUCAAGGAAAAAGCACCACAAAGGAAGAUUUUCCAGCCUGGGAAUGCUGUCGUCAAGGUCUUAUUAAGCAGCAGCAGCAGAUUCCCAACCCAUCUGGAAAAUUUGAUGGUUGGAGCACUUUCAGGUCUCACUACGUGCCACAUGAGCUGAUUCCAACGGAGAGCUGCAAACCAGCACAUGCUCUGUUUAAGAGUUCUGCUCCAUUCAAUGACACAACCAUGUACUCUACAGAGUACACACCAAAGAAACAGGAAAUCUGCCCUGCUAGCUAUCCUUCUCCUCCAGGGUAUAUCUUUGAAAGUACAAAUUCUCGAGGUCAUAAAUUCUUCCGCAGGGUCACGCCCACAGUGGAGGCCUUCUAA